UGUCGACUCGACUGUCGAAUUCAGUUGAUGAGAUAAAACUUUUGUCUUUUAUUUUCUUUGUGUAUUAGAUAUUAAAUUUUCAGAAUACAUGUAAAAUAAGUGGCUAAAUUUGCAUUAAAGAUUGUGCCUAGAGGCAAUUUUCUGCCUACUAAAACAUUAUCGACUGUAGAAUGUUGAAAAGUCUUGUAUUACAUCUUUCAUAAUAUUGCUUCGUGUUCGUUGCUAAUUUAAUUGCAAAUAGUUGUUGUAGAUUUCAUAAAUCAUGUCUACAAACAGUAAUGCAUACAAUUUCAAAGUGGUUCUGUUGGGCGAGGGUUGUGUCGGCAAAACAUCACUGUUGCUGCGCUACAUUGAAGAUAAAUUUAAUGAUAAACACCUUACUACGCUUCAGGCUACAUUUCUAAAUAAGAAAAUAAAUAUUAAUGAAAAACGGAUUAACCUUUCAAUUUGGGAUACAGCUGGUCAAGAGAAAUUCCAUGCACUAGGUCCAAUUUAUUACCGAAACUCAAAUGGAGCCAUACUUGUUUAUGACAUCACUGAUGAAGACUCAUUUGGAAAGGUUAAAAAUUGGGUUAAAGAACUGAAAAAAAUGUUGGGAUCAGAUAUUGUUCUCAUUAUUACUGGAAAUAAAAUAGAUUUGGAACACGAGAGGACUGUGCCGUUAGAAGAAGCAGAAAGCUACGCUAACAUGGUUGGUGCUAAACACUACUACACUUCAGCGAAACUCAAUCAAGGAGUUGAAGACUUAUUUUUGGACUUAACCCGAGAGAUGGUGGAGAGAUAUGAAAAUAAUUCUCAGGCCAAUGUUACCAGGCCAUCAAGGGUGCUAGUUGUGGAUGAUGAAGCACCUGUGCAGUCAUCUUGUUGUUCUGGUACUAGAAGUAACUAAACUAUUUUGACUGUUUACUAUAUUCUAUAUUCAUUAAUAAACUAGAAUUAAUAUAAACAAUGUUUAAUAUAAUAACAGUUUCAUAAAAUAACUGCGUCAAUUUUCAUUGAGGAUAUGGGUAAUCAUGAGGCAACUCAUUUAUUUGCUACAUAUAGCAAAUUUAUAAGAUAUUAAAAUUGUAACAUUGCAAGACUAUGUUAAUAACAUUAGUAUUUAUUAUUCAAAAUAAAACAAAAAUAGAUGUUAGUAAUUAUUAUAAUUGUUCAUUUACUUCAUUUAAUUUUGUAAAUAUAAUGAUUAUUGAGUAUUAUUGUUGAACUUAUUUAAUAUUUAAGAACAAUGUUGUCAUAAUUCUUCGUUUUGUAUAUUGGCACAUAUGAACAGAUAUGUUCAGUGAAAUAAAAUUAAGGAUAAACAAAUUCUUUUUUUUUUAAUUGAUAUUUGUUACUGGGAUUUAAACAUACUA